AUGAAAGGUGCAAUAUUUUCUGUGCUGUUCGUUGCUGUACUUGUUAAUGGAGCUGCCGCAGCUGGUAAUGAUGAUCCCAGCCAAGCUCCAAGAAUUUGUGCCGCUACCAACGCUACCAACAUCUUAGUAGCUCACGAAAAUUGUAACCAGUUUUACAAGUGUUUAAAUGGUGUUCCUACAACCAAAUCCUGUCCAUCUGAUCUUUUGUUUGAUCCCAGUAAAAACAGAUGUGAAUGGCCAAGUUCUGUGAAUUGCGGUAACAGAAUAAUUCCUGUUAGAGAUGAGUCACAGGGUGCCGCUGUUGUAUGUGCUCUUCCUGGAGCAGACAACAGCUUUGUUGCUCAUGAAUUUUGUGAUAAGUUUUACAAGUGUUUUGAAGGCAGACCGGUAGCUUUCUCUUGUGGUUUUGGUACCUUGUGGAAUGCACAGGGGCAAUACUGUGAUUACGCAAGAAAUGUAGACUGCGGCAACAGGAAUAUUUCUAGCAUCAAUGUACCACAAUUCCCAGUCGGUAAUAACCACGACGAUCCUAGUCUAGCUCCGCAGAUUUGUGCCGCUGCAAAUUCUGCUAAUGUGCAUAACAAUUCAUGCAAGGAAACACACAAAAGUAAGGAAGAACAUGUAAUGAAAGAUCAUGGCAAUGUAAACUUUGACCCACCCGCCAAAAUGCCGCUGAAAGAUAAGACUACUGGCAUUAUACACACAAUAACUGUGAUUAGUUUUACCAGUACUUGUAGAAUCCAUCAGGAAGACUACUUUUGA